AUGGGAAAUAAUGACUUUGUUCAUUACGUCAACGACAUCAUUAAUACAAGAGAUAAAGAAACAUCAGAGUUCUUUGUUAAACAUGAUUCUACUCCUGAAGACUCAGAAGAUGACUCUAAUGGAUUCCAAUAUGAUGAAGAAGAUGAUGAUUUCGAGGGUGUUGGUGAUGAUGUCGAUGAUGAAAUUGUUGGUUCUCAAUAA